AUGGUUGACCUGUUUGUUGACCGGGUCUUGGUGAAGAACAACAAGGACCAGGAUGAGCUGGACACAGAACGUGAAAUCACCAUGCGCCUGCAAAACCGCAUCCUGAUGCUCUUCUUUGCCUCUGCUGCAUGUGAGAGCUGUCAGGAGUUUGCGCCCACGCUUCAUGACUUCUUCAAACGUCUGACAGAUGAAUUCUAUGUGGAUCGCGCUGCUCAGCUUGUUCUCCUGUACAUUAGUUUGGAUCAAUCAGAGGAACAGCAAGAAAGCUUCCUCAAGGAGCUGCCAAAGAAGUGCCUGUUCCUGGCCUACGAGGACCCCUACAGGAGGGAGCUGGAGGCCAUGUUUAAUGUGGAGGAGUUGCCUACAGUGGUGGUCCUGCGUCCCGACUGCUCCAUCCUCAUCCCAAACGCAGUGGAGGAGAUACUCCGCCUCGGCACAGACUGCUACCGGAACUGGCAGGAGGCAGCAGAGAUCAUCAACAGGAACUUCCUGAUCAACGAGGACUUUGAGGAGAAGUCCAUGCGCAGCUUCAGCGACCCUGUACGAAGGCUGAAGUACAAGGUGGAGGACGAGAAGAAGAAAAAGAAGUAG